AUGGAGAGACUUGCAAAGUUGUAUAUUGAGAAGAUUGUGAUUUUGAAUGGUAUUCCAUUGAGUAUUGUUUCAGAUAGAGAUCCAAGUUUCCAUUCUAGUAUUGGUAUGGCUCCGUUUGAAGCUUUAUAUAGUCGAAGGUGUGGGACUCCUUUAUGUUGGUAUGAAUCGGGAGAGAGUGAUGUGGUCGGAGCUGAGAUCAUUCAAGAGACUGCUGAUAAGAUUAAGUUUAUCAGGGAGAAGAUGAAGGAUUCUCGGAUUCAUCAGAAGAGUUACCAUGAUAAGAGGAGAAAAGCACUUGAGUUCGAGAAGGAUGAUCAUGUGUUUUUGAGCAUUACUCAAGUAACGGUUGUUGGUAGGGCUUUGGAGUCGCGUAAGUUAACGCCGCGUUUCAUAAGUUCAUAUCAGAUUACCGAGAGAGUAGGUGAGUUGAGGAGAUACAUUGCGGAUCCUUCGCAUGUUGUCCAAUUAGAUGAUGUCGAGGUUAGAGAUAAUUUUACCGUGGAGACAUUACCUUUGCAUAUAGAAGAUAGAGAGGUUCUGACGAGUAGUGAGCUUGUCAAGGAUUUAGCCGAGGAGCUUUCAGUUUAA